AUGGAGAGACGUUCUUCAAGUGUGAAAUCUGAUAACCGGCCAAAGCUACUGCAACCGGAACCGGGUCGGUGCGCGUGACUCUGCGCUGACGUCGGGACGCGGCCUGAUUAGUGGCGGUCGGUGUCUGCGGCCCUGGCCCUGCCCCUCGCUGGGCCGUAAUUACACAUUCCUCCGGUCCCGCUGCAGCUCCAUCACAUUCGCGUCUGUCCCGUUUGAAGCAGCACCGCUGCGCCUUCUCGCAUCCCGCGCACGAUCCAGCACCGGGAACCUCGCGGCGCCGCGUUUCUUUCUUCCAGCCCUUCGCUGAAACCCCUCUCAUCCGAUGCAUCCGCGCGCGCUGCUCCUCUGCUCCCUGCUCGGAGUCCUGCUCGCCCGAGGUGCGGAGCCGCUCUCCGUGUCGGACUGCUGCAAGGACGGGCGGCAGCGCGGCAGCGAGAACCAGGACUGCUCGUCCCUCCCGCUCAUCUCUGAAUCCACCACCUGCAGGAUAGUGCAGGAGCAGUGUUGUGUAAAAGCGCUGGAGGACAACAUGUGCACCACUGGUAUCAACAUGGCUAAAGACCAGGGAGCCUGCGAUUCUCUGCUCGCCAACAGCUGCGAGACCAAGACUACCAAGAUGUGCUGUGACUGCUGCCUCCUGGGGAAAGCGGCCCAGGAGCAGGGCCAGGCCUGCGAUCACAGCCUGUCUGUGGGCCACCAGUGUGGCCUGGUGUAUCACGCCUGCUGUGUGAAGAAGGACAACCAGAGCCCGGCGCAAACUGAACUGCCGAACAAGGAUGGAACUGCGGAAGAUGACAAACCAGCGUUAAAUGAUGAAUGUGAUGGUAAAUGCGCCCAUCAGUGCGUCGGCAGUGGCACGUGUGCCUGUUCUAAAGGCUACAGGCUCAAACCGGACGGGAGGAGCUGUGAGGACAUCAACGAGUGUUUGCUGGGGUCCGGCAACUGUCGGGUCGGCGAGCGCUGCAUCAACACGGAGGGCGCGUUCCGCUGCCAGAGGGAGGUGAGCUGCGGCACGGGCUACGAGCUCACCGACAGCAACCAGUGCAACGACAUCGACGAGUGUGAGGCCGGGUUCCACAACUGCGGCCAAGAGUUUGUGUGCCAAAACACCCAGGGCUCCUUCCGGUGCCUGCCCAAGGUCAACUGCGGGUCCGGCUACAUCCAGGAUGCUCUGGGCAAAUGCAUCGACAUCAACGAGUGCCUCAGCCAGACGGGCCCGUGCCUCCGAGGCCAGGUUUGCAUCAACACCGUGGGCUCCUACAAGUGCCAGCGGAACUCGGUGAACUGCGGCCGCGGCUAUCACCUGAGCGACGACGGCACCCGCUGCGUGGACGUCGACGAAUGCAAAGGGCCCGAAAGCGCGUGCGCCGGUCACGGCUGCGUCAACACCCUGGGCUCCUACCGCUGCGAAUGCGAGCCGGGCUACGUCUUCAACAGCAUCGGCCGGCUGUGCGAGGACAUAAACGAAUGCAGGCACUACCCCGGCCGCCUGUGCGCCCACAAGUGUAACAACGUGCUGGGCUCCUACACCUGCAGCUGCACCACCGGCUUUAAACUGGCCAGCGACGGCAGGAACUGCAACGACCUGAACGAAUGCGAGGACAACCCCUGCAGCCAGGAGUGCGCCAACGUGUACGGCUCCUACCAGUGCUACUGCCGCCGCGGCUACCAGCUGAGCGACAUCGACGGCAUGACCUGCGAAGAUAUCGACGAAUGCGCUCUUCCCACCGGAGGCCACAUCUGCACCUACCGCUGCCACAACAGCCCCGGCAGCUUCCACUGCUCCUGCCCCGCCGCCGGCUACACCCUGGCACCCAAUGGCCGCAGCUGCCAAGACGUGGACGAAUGCGUGACGGGGAGCCACACGUGCACGGAGAAUCAGACCUGCUUCAACAUACAGGGGGGGUUCCGGUGCCUGGCCUUCGAGUGUCCGGACAACUACCGGCGCGCCGGCGAGACCCGAUGCGAACGCUUGCUUUGCACUGAGUCUGUCGAGUGCCCGGCCUUGCCCCUGAGAAUAACCUACCACCACCUCACCUUCCCCACCAACAUCCCCGUCUCCACCAGCAUCUUCCGCAUGGGUCCCUCCAGCACGGUGCAAGGCGACGACGUCCAGAUUCUUAUCACUGCCGGCAACGAGGGGGGCUUCUUUAAGACGGAAAUGCUGCCCGCUGUCGGCCUGAUGUCGGUGGCGAAGCCCUUCGACAAGCCACAGGACUUUGACCUGUCUCUGUUGCUGAAGCUGCGUCGCCACGGCACAGUGACCACAUACCUGGCUAAGGUUCUGGUCUUUAUUACCCACGAGGAGUCCAGGGUCCCCUACAACCCACUGCUAGAAUAAACACGGCCGCUGUGUUCUGUAGGGUACCACACGUUACCACAAACUAGCCAAAACUUCUAGAAAUAAGGAAUACUAUGACAGCGUAGCGUGAUCAUGUAGUCUAGACCAUGGUGUAAUCUAAUUUUAUAGUUUGAUCUAAACAAAAGUGUCAAAAUCUAAAUGCAUGUUGAAUAUGGGAUAUGUAUUAAGACUGGAUGAGAAAUAAAUCGUGCAAUAAACACAAAUAGAAUAAACAUAGAAUAAAUAAAUAUAAAACAAAUCUAAAUUUAAAAGUGCCAAAGCGUUUUAUGGAUUAAAGCCCAACAUUAAGUUUUGCUGUUCAUCACUGUUUCAUGGUGAGACACGAGCCCGGCCGCUAGGUGGCGCUCUAGGGCAGCGCGAACCACAGAAUGGAAAUGGUCCAAAUGCGCCUACAGCUGAAUGUAAUUUGAUGAUAGUUGCAUGAUAAAGUCGGACGUUUUGCAGUAUUUUAUGGUUUAUGUGCUGCAUGAACAGUUUUCUAUUAAAAUUUAAAUAGAAAUAACACAUGUUCAAGUCAAUUCCAGUUCUCGAUAAUGGCACGUUGUGGGGUUUAAUUGGAUGCAGCAAGGGGAGCAGCUGGGAUGUGAAGCCGUGUCAGAGCAGUUCUCCACAGCAGACUCAAUGUUUGUGAAGACAGAAGCCAACAAGGCUCAAAUCAUCUACAUAUAAGACCCCUCAGUUGUUUGUAUUUGCAUACCUAAUAAACGAUCCAAUGAUUUAUAACCUACAGAGUAAAUAUUCCCCAUUGAUAGUAAUAUAAUAAUUAAUAUUCUCUGCCCCAGUCAAAAGCGAGCCAGGCCUUUUAAUGCACUGAUACUCCCACUUCCCAAACAUCAGUUACCUUGAACCACAAAUCCGUCUUUAGCGGCCGUUCCUCUCAUGCACGUCUCUCUGGCUCCUGUUACAGUUCAGGCUGUAAUGUGAAAUGCACAGAUUUCCACUGCAUGCUGUGGGUGCAAACCCCAAAGCAGACAGAUAAUCCCAAUGACGGCUGAGUAAGUGACACACGAUGGGAUGCAGUGGCGACGCUGAGGGGAAAUGUGCACCAGCAGGAGCGAGUAUAAAUAGCCUGACAUGCUGCGAGGCUGCUGCCCGACGACUGCGGCUUAUAAUAACUGUAAAUUCAGAUGUCCCGCGUUCCUGCUGUCCUGAACUGUCAGGCCAGUAAGGAUGCAACUUCUGGUCCCCAGUGGGGAUAUCCUUAAAAUAAGAACACAGUGGCGCACAGGAGGUUUUUUCCUCCCCUUUGACAUUGAGUUAUGGGGCUUUGGGCUCUGGCCGGUGGUCUGAACAAUUUGUGGUGCAGCAACAUCACCGCGCACAGAAUGAAUGAUGCCCUGCAGUGUUUAUGUUGGGGCGUUAUCAAUGUGCAGACUAUAAAUAAUAAUUACCAAAAAAAUAAAAAGCCCGAGGCUUGACCAGAGGA